UUUUUUUUUAUUACCCUUGACUUUUUUUUUCUUUUUUCUCUUCCAACAGAACUUAUUAACCUCCUCCCCCCACUCUUUCUUGAACCAUGUCGUUUGCACUUUCUACUUUGCGAUGUACAUCUGCUCUUCGCAACGGCCGAUGGAUGGCUGCCACUGCCCCGCUGGUCCGUUCUUUAAAGACCACCUCCACCGCCAACAUGGCAUCCGCUUCCGAACAACCUUUGAAGAAAGAUCCCAUUUACAAGACCUUUGAAAUCUACCGUUGGAAUCCUGACAAGCCUACAGAAAAGCCCUACUUGGAGACUUACAAGGUCGACUUGAACAACUGUGGUCCCAUGGUCCUUGAUGCUCUUAUCAAGAUCAAGAAUGAACAGGACCCCACAUUAACUUUCCGUCGCUCAUGCCGUGAAGGCAUUUGCGGUUCUUGUGCCAUGAACAUCCAGGGUGGCAACACCUUGGCUUGUAUUUCAAAAAUUGACCGUGAUCCUAGCAAGACUGUCAAGAUUUAUCCCCUCCCUCACAUGUAUAUUGUGAAAGACUUGGUUCCGGAUAUGACCCACUUUUACAAACAAUACAAGAGUAUCGAACCAUACCUCAAGCAAAAUACCCCACCUACCGAUGGUCGGGAAAAUUUGCAAUCCAUUGAAGACCGUAAGAAAUUGGAUGGCCUUUAUGAAUGUAUUCUCUGCGCAUGUUGUUCCACUUCAUGUCCUUCCUACUGGUGGAAUCAGGAGGAAUACUUGGGCCCUGCUGUUCUUAUGCAAGCCUACCGAUGGAUGAUUGAUUCUCGUGAUCAAUUCGGUCCUCAACGUCGUGAAAAGCUUCAAAAUAAGAUGGCACUGUACCGAUGUCAUACCAUUAUGAACUGCUCCAAAACGUGUCCAAAGGGUCUGCAACCUGGUGCUGCCAUUGCCAAGAUCAAAUUGCUCAUGGCUACCGAGUAGAAACUAUAAAAAAAAUAACAAUCCCCUCCUUCAUUUCUUUUUCUUUUCUUUUUGUAUACUUUUCAAGCACCUAAAACAAGUACCAAAUAAUGUCAACAAAUUAAAAAAAAAUUCGCAUAUUGGAUCAUUCACAC